AAAGGAGGGCGCGCCCCGGGAAAAGCUCGCCGCCGUCGCCGCCGGGACUCGGAAGUGCAGAGAGAGGGUUGUUGGGAACUCGUGGCGCGCGUGAACGUCGCCGCCACCGCCCGGGACAGCCCGGAGAAAUCUGAAUGUGGGAGUCGGGAGCCCGCGUGACAAGGAGUGAUGCUGCCUCGGUGGGAACUGUCUAUUUACCUGCUUGCUUCACUAGGCUUCCAUUUCUAUUCUUUCUAUGAGGUUUACAAAGUCUCCAGAGAACAUGAAGAGGAACUGGACGAAGAAUUUGAGUUGGAGACUGACACUUUAUUUGGAGGACUAAAGAAGGACCCGACAGACUUUGAGUGGAGCUUCUGGAUGGAAUGGGGGAAGCAAAGGCUGGUGUGGCUUCUCCUUGGCCACGUGGUAGCGUCUCAAAUGGCAAAGCUACUUGCAAUGAGGCACAGACCCUGGAUUCUCACGACCUAUGGAAUGUGGGCCUGCUGGUGUGUGCUGGGGGCUCCAGGCGUGGCCAUGGUUUUCCUUCACACCGUCAUCUCCUUCUGCGUGGCCCAGUUCCGGUCGCUGUUACUGUCGUGGCUCUGUUCUCUCCUUCUCCUCUCCACACUGAGGCUGCAAGGUGUGGAGGAAGUCAAGAGAAGGUGGUACCAGACAGAAAACGAGUACUACUUGCUGCAGUUCACGCUGACCGUUCGCUGCUUGUACUACAUCAGCUUCAGCCUCGAGUUCUGCUGGCAGCGGCUGCCUGCCGAGUGUGCACCCUACUCCUUUCCCUGGAUGUUGGCCUACGUCUUCUAUUACCCAGUCUUCCACAACGGGCCCAUCCUCGGGUUCCCGGAGUUCGUCAAGCAGAUGCAGCAGCCGGAGCACUGCUCCUUGAAGGCCAGCCUCCGCGUCCUCGCCCUGGGGCUGGGCCGCCUCCUGUGCUGGUGGUGGCUGGCCGAGCUGAUGGCCCACCUGAUGUACAUGCACGCCAUCUACAGCAGCACCCCACUCCUGGAGGCCGUCUCUUCCUGGGCCUUAGGAGGCCUGGCCUUGGCCCAAGUGCUCUUUUUCUAUGUGAAGUACUUGGUGCUCUUCGGCAUCCCAGCUCUGCUCAUGCGCCUGGAUGGACUAAAACCGCCACCCCUCCCUCGCUGUGUGAGCACCAUGUUCAGUUUCACGGGGAUGUGGAGGUAUUUUGACGUUGGACUGCAUAAUUUCCUAAUCAGGUAUGUGUACAUUCCAGUGGGAGGGUCCCAGCAUGGCCUGCUGGGGACACUGUUCUCCACAGCAAUGACGUUUGCAUUUGUGAGCUACUGGCAUGGCGGGCACAACUACCUUUGGUGCUGGGCAGCUCUCAACUGGCUGGGAGUCACUGUGGAAAAUGGAGUCCGGAAGCUGGUGGAGACCCCGUGUGUCCGGGACAUCUUGGCCCAAUUUCUCUCCCCACGAGCUCGCCGUCGUUUCCACGCUGCCUUUGCAUCCUGCUCCACCUCAAUGCUCAUCCUGUCCAACCUGGUGUUUCUCGGUGGAAAUCAAGUUGGGAAAACCUACUGGAACAGGAUCUUCAUACAGGAUGGAGUCUCCCAGGUGGGAAGGCCUUGGAUCACAUUUGUUGAGUCACGUACAAAAGGGGGCUAUUUGCCUUCUGAGCGUUAUCAACCACAGAAGAUCGGAAAGAUGCCAGGCAAGAUACAGGACACCUCUCACGGCUGGCCGUGGGUCACCCUCUCUGUCCUGGGAUUCUUGUACUGCUACUCCCACGUGGGCAUCGCCUGGGCCCAGACGUAUGCCAUGGACUAAUGCCGCUGGGCCCCAGGCCCACCCUCACUGCCGCCUCCAUGGCAAAUGGUGCUUCACCUGACCUCGAACCCCAAGAUAAUCUCCAAGGGACCUGUGCUUGAUCUGCUCUUUUGUUCAGGUUGCCUUACUCCAAGACUGGGAGACUGAGCUCUCAUAGAAAAUUUACAACCAGAGAAUCUUCUAACUGUGGAGCCUUAGAGAUCAUCUACCCCAACCCCAAUUUCCCUGUUGAGUAAGCUGGGGUCUGGAGCAGUACAGUGUCUUGCCCAGUACAGGUGCAGGAGGCAACAUUGUGGUCUAGAACCCAGUUCUAUGGACAUCUGGGUUCUUUCUCUUUUACCAAGAAUUAAAUAUUGGUGUUUUGUGAUUGAGUCAUAGACAUUCUGAUUCAUCAUAGGCCUGCCCUCCAGUGGAAAAAAUUUCUGAAACAUUUUGGUGAUGUCUAAGUGAUCUCUUCCCCACGUCCUGCAAGUGCAGUCUCUAAACCCAUUCUAGGGUUUGAUGCUUCAUGGUUCAUCUCUUCUGUAGGGAGGCAAUAAAGCCAUAGCUGUGCUUCUCAUUACCUAGUCAGAGAAGACAGAAGUUGUCCAUGGUAUUCCAAGAAGUCAGUAUCCAGGAAGACCUGUUAUUUGAACUUUAUCAGGGUAAUCUAGAUUUGUUUGCUUGGGUCCUAUGACUUGCAGAGAAGUAUAAAUCUGGUAGUUCCUCUACCUGAGAGUUAAUUGUUUCUCAAUAAAGAAACAGAAUUUAAAAACCCAGAGAAGAAUUUAUUCACAGACUGGUGCUAUCUGGCAAGUCACAAAAGAUUUCUUGUGGUCCUUUCUACUCUCUCCAUACAAGCCCCAGCAAGCAUCUUCCUGUAUACUUAGUGGUUUAGAUUGGUUGGUUGGUGGUUUUUCUUAUAAAAUAGGACCUUUUCGAACAUGUAGAUAAUUCACAUUUUUGUAGAAUUGUUUUGAAUAUUUUUGAGGAAAAUGUUUAAAAUCUAAACAUAAUGUGAUGGUUUGGAGGCUUUAUGGAUCCCCCCAAAAUUAUGUUCUUAAAUUUAAUCCAUUUCCUUUGGGUGUGGAUCCAUUAAAAUGAGAUCUUUUGGUGAGUAAGAUCUUAAGUUGAAAUGUGACCCACCUCAUUCUGGAUGGGUCUUAAUCCUCUUACUGGAGUCCUUUGUAAGAGGAUGAAACAAAGAGAAAGACACA